CGAGGCUUGGCCUUGGGAAAGUGUCAAGAAAGAUAUUUACCAUUUAUUCCUUGAGACAUUCCCUUUCCUGCCAAAGUAUUCACCUUUUCAAUCUCAUCGCGACUCUUUACUUUGGACUUUUUCUUCUCCUUUCUAUCUCUCGGAUCGCCUGUUUAAAGCAUUAGAACGACACGUUUAGCCCAAGACUACGCGUCAUUCACGAAAAAGGAGAUCCAACAGAGAGCCAACCUCGAGCUCUUGCACACUCGACAUCUCGAUGCGAUCUUAACUGAUACCCAUCCUGUGGUCGAUACCAUCUUCUGCCUAUCUCCUCCGCCAUGCCUGUUCAACGCAGCAUUUUCGGCCGCCCUGUGCCAGCAAUUCCUCCACGGCGGAUGGCCGUUUUGCUCGGCACAAUAGCAGUCUUCGCGGUCUUUACACUUGUAUUUACGCUUCCAAACUCGAUACCAGUCGGCCCUUCAUUAGGCAGAUUCACCGACCACAAGAUUGCGUUACCAAAGAUACCUAAGCAAUUAUCACCAAGCAUCCUCAACCCAUUUCGACAAGCAGCGCAUGCUCCACCAGUUCAGAAGAAUAGCACAACUGGAGAGGUCUCAUGGUACACAAAUUGGAAUUGGCUGAGUCCAUUCUCUUCAUCCGUUACCUUGGACGAGAACCGCUCCUUACUGCCACCUCUGGAAGAGCGUCCUCCAAUCUAUACCUAUUACGACCACACAAUUAGCAAAGACAGCGACCGCAAAGAUGCGGAGAACAAGAUCUUGUUGACGUGGAGACGAGCGUGGUGGGCACAAGGCUUUAAGCCGAUCAUUCUGAGUCCAGCGGAAGCUAUGAAUAAUCCCUUAUAUACAGAGCUUCAAUUGCACGACAUCGAACCAUUCAUCAAGACCGAGUUGUCCAGGUGGUUAGCAUGGGAAAAUAUGGGGACUGGAAUGCUCUGCAAUUAUUUGCUACUUCCGAUGGGCUCUUACGAAGAUCCAUUACUCACCUUUCUCCGACGAGGAGAGUACCCCGUCCUGACGAGAUUCGACAAACUGGGUAGUGGCCUAUUUGCAGGAUCAAAAGUCGACAUCACAGCUGCGGUGAAGCAAGCAUUAGGGAACAAGGAGUUGAAGGCUGCUAAAGACUUCAUCAGUGCGGUCGUGCCCGAGACCUUUGAGAUCGAGCCCAAACACGAAGCAUUGGCAUACUAUGACCCCGUCACAAUCAAGGACAAGUACGGCAAGAUAGCAGAUGACAUCAAUGAAGGCGGGACAACGGGGAUGCUCAUGCUCAACCAGCUUACGGUGGCUCACCUGCACAGUACGUGGCAGAAUCUGUUCACGAAAGGAAUCGCUGUCCUCAAACCAGAGGCGGAGCACAUGUCAGCUAUGAUUUCGCCUGCUUACAGACUGGCCGAAUUCCUUGCUCAGUGUCCCGAGUCACCGAUGCCAGCAUCGUGUCCUCCAAACCGUCCCAGAUGCAAGCCAUGUGUAGCAUCUACGCCGCUCAAGAUCACAACUCCUCCUGCAUAUCGUAACACGACCGAACUCUAUACCAUUGGCACGGUACCACAUCCUUACACCAACGCAUUGUUGACCUCCUUCCGCGAAGACAUUGAUGUGAGAUGGAUUCGACGUGAAUCAGAAAGAGACCCAUGGCUUACAACUCUCACAAAAGAACUCCUGGGUACUGGUGUAUCAGGAGCACCACGAGUAAUCAAGUUCAAACAAGCAGUGGCAAGCAAGUACGGCACCGCUCAUUCUCUAUGGAUCACACCAGAGAAGGAGACACCCGCUGAUCUCGACUGGCAUUUUGGAUUUGCAAUUCCUCGAAAUGCUACAGAUACAGGAAAGUCAGAGACUCCUGUACCUGGACCUGAGAGAAGACCUGUCCAAAAGCCAGAUCCGAAAGACGGACCUGUACCGAACCCAGAUGACGAGAAAAAGGAGGUGUCACUAAUGAAGCGAGCUAUCGAGUUCGGGACUGCUAGAACACCAGAUGAAGAAAAAUUGAGAGGUGCAAUUGAAGCGUGGAAUCUCGCAGACACCGAGGCCUGGAGGUUUGCCAGAGCAUUUUUGGCACGAAGUAGGGUUGAGCGAUUGAAGUGGGAAGAGGAAGAGAAGAAAUAUGCAGGCGGAGCGGGUGCCGAAAGGGGCAAAGCAGAAGGAUGGGGAAGAUGGUUUGAUGAUCGAUAGUCUGUAAGCGAAUUAGCGAAUUUGCGAAUUUCGGGUUUGGUAGAUCUGGCAAGGAGUUCUGGCUUCAAGGAUUGAACAUACUAGAUCGAUGGAUUUCAACUGAUCUGGUGCUUUGUAAAAGUAACGAGCAUUGUAACAUAGAGAUAAAGCUUUAUUCGGUCUGGUUAUGGAAACAACUUACCUGUCUGCCCAACUCGAUGAUACCAAAG